GGGGGGCCAUGGAGGAGGACCGGGGGUCGUCGCUGGCGGCCGAGUCGGCGCUGGAGAAGAACGUGGCGGAGCUGACCGUCAUGGACGUGUACGACAUCGCGUCGCUCGUGGGCCACGAGUUCGAGCGGGUCAUCGACCAGCACGGCUGCGAGGCCAUCGCGCGCCUCAUGCCCAAGGUCGUGCGUGUCCUGGAGAUCCUGGAGGUGCUGGUCAGCCGCCACCACGUCGCGCCCGAGCUGGACGAGCUGCGCCUGGAGCUGGACCGUCUGCGCCUGGAGAGGAUGGACCGCAUCGAGAAGGAGCGCAAGCACCAGAAGGAGCUGGAGCUGGUGGAGGACGUGUGGCGGGGGGAGGCGCAGGACCUCCUUUCUCAGAUCGCCCAGCUGCAGGAGGAGAACAAGCAGCUCAUGACCAACCUCUCGCACAAAGAUGCCAACUUCUCCGAGGAGGAGUUCCAGAAGCACGAAGGCAUGUCGGAGCGCGAGCGGCAAGUGAUGAAGAAGCUGAAGGAGGUGGUGGACAAGCAGCGCGACGAGAUUCGCGCCAAGGACAGGGAGCUCGGUCUGAAGAACGAGGAUGUGGAAGCUCUGCAGCAGCAGCAGACCCGGUUGAUGAAGAUCAACCAUGACCUCCGCCACCGUGUGACAGUGGUAGAGGCCCAAGGGAAGGCCCUGAUCGAACAGAAGGUGGAACUAGAGGCAGAUCUGCAAACCAAGGAACAGGAGAUGGGCAGCCUGCGGGCAGAGCUUGGGAAGCUGCGAGAGAGGCUGCAGGGCGAACUCAGCCAGAAUGGAGAGGAGAAGCCUGAGACAGAGCCGGGCGGGGAGGAGUGCGUCUCGGAGGCGGAAAAGGUGGCCAUGGAUCUCAAGGACCCCAACCGCCCCCGGUUCACACUGCAGGAGCUGCGGGACGUGCUCCACGAGAGGAACGAACUCAAGUCCAAAGUGUUUCUGUUGCAGGAGGAGCUGGCGUACUACAAGAGUGAAGAAAUAGAAGAGGAAAAUCGAAUACCCCAACCUCCAGCAGUGGUCCACCCGAGAAUAUCCCCCCAGCCAGAGUCCGGGAUCAAGCGACUUAAAGAAGGUCCUUUAAGUGACGGGUUUAGCUUCUUCUCCCGCGACAAGAAGCGUCUGGCCAACGCGCAGAGGAACGUGCACAUCCAGGAGUCCUUUGGCCAGUGGGCCAACUCCCACCGCGAUGACGGUUACACGGAGCAAGGACAGGAAGCCCUGCAGCACCUGUGACCGCAGCGCCCACCUCCCCAGCCCCCACGCCCUCGGACCGGAACUGUCCCCCGCCAGCGCCCGCAGCGGAACCCGACAACCCCCGGGUGUCUCGACCUUGCACACUUCUGGGUUCAGAAGCACCCUCAGAACUGAUCCCUCAAACAGACUGUCUGCUUUGAGGAAGCACACUGAAAAACUGACGCCAAACUCGAAAGACAUGUUUAUUUAUACCCAGGGCUCUCACCGUUUAUAAUAGAUGACUGAUCCCUUAGGAUAUAUAUUUAAUAAUACCAUGAGCAGAGGCCAGACUUUUGCAUUAACUUCAGUAACACAAGCUUCUUUAAGCCAAAUACAUCACAUGCACUGUAA